AUGGCUUCAUUUUUAAAAUUAUCUACAUUAAUUGGUUUAGCUUCAAUAUUGUCAACAUCUUUAGCUACUCCUCCAGCUUGUUUAUUAGCUUGUGUUUCACAAAUUGAAAAAUCAUCAAAUUGUGAUGGUUUAAAUGAUUUAUCAUGUGUUUGUGGUAAUUUAUCAAGUGAUGUUGAACAAUGUUUACAAGAUCAUUGUCCAAAUGGUGAUGCUGAUACUGCAACAUCAGCUUUUAAAUCACAAUGUGGUGAUUAUUAUGAUGAAUCAGCUUCAAGUUCAAGCUCUUCAAGCUCAUCAUCAGCCUUCUCAUCAACUCAAGCUUCUUCAUCAUCAUCAUCAUCAUCAUCAUCAUCAACUCAAGCUUCAUCAUCAUCAGCUCAAGAAAGCUCAUCACCAGCUGAACCAUCAUCAACUGAAUCAGCAGCUCCAUCAUCAUCAGAAGUCGUUGUUGCUCCUUCAUCAUCAGAAGAACAAUCAUCAACCGUUGCUGCUGAAUCAUCAACUUUACAAACUUCAACUGUCGCUCAAGAAACUUCAAGUUCUUCAACUGCUAACCCAGCCGUUACUACUCAAUCAGAUGAAGCAGGUGCUGUUGCUAAUAAAGUUGGUUUAGGAGCUGUUGCUGGUUUGAUUGCUGCUGCUUUAUUAUAA